AUGGCCCUAGAAAUCCCAUCUGAGCACCGCGUCCUCGUCCUAGCCGAGGCCGGAAAGCCGCUGAGCCUGGAAGUGCGGCCCACACCCAAGGCCGGCCCUGGGAGCGUACUCGUUCGCGUCCUCGCCGUGUCACUCAGAGCCAACUCCCCACGAAUCUACCAAGACCCCCAGAGUGGCCAUCCACUACCCCUCCCCUUUAUCCCUGGAUUCAUGGCCAUCGCCCGUGUUGCCGAGACUGGACCUGAUGCUGCACGUCUGCAGCCAGGGGAUCUCGUCCUCUUUGACCCCUACAUCCUCGGCCGUGACGACCCAAACGCAAAGUACAUUAGCGGACUUAUGGAAGGUUUCAACGAAGGAAGCAGAAAGCUUGCACGUGGAGAGUGGCGAGACUCGACACUCGCCGAGUACGCCAAGCUGCCUUUGGAAAACUGUCAUCCUCUGGAUGAGGAGAGGCUCUUGGGUGAUGUCAUGGAUGGCGGGCUUGGGUACACUCUAGACGAUCUCAUGCAUUUGUUCAGCAUGCUUAUCCCGUUCGGCGGCCUUGCUGAUGUCGAUGUCAAGGCCGGGGAUACGGCUAUUAUUGCACCAGCGACGGGACGAUAUGGCAGCGCCGCGGUGCAUGUCGCGUUGGCUAUGGGCGCUAAAGUCAUUGCCAUUGGUCGUAAUGCUACUGUUCUCUCACAGCUGAGCAGUAUCAAUCCCACACGGUUGAAGACCGUCCAGAUCACUGGCGAUAUCGACAAGGACACCAAGGCACUGAGUGAGGCGGCUGGCCCCGGCGGUGCGGAUGUAUUCUGGGACAUGUCACCGCCCGGAGCUGGAAAGUCAACGCACUUUACCAGCAGCUUGAACGUCUUGAAAGAGGGUGCUCGUGUCAGUCUGCUGGGAAGCGUCGCAUCGGGCGUCAGCUUCGAUUACAUGCAGAUCAUGCUCAAGGCGCUGACUAUGAAGGGGACUUGGAUGUGCACAAGAGAGCAGACAAGGAGGCUCAUCAGUAUGGUUGAGACGGGUGUUUUGCCGCUGGGAUCUCGAGCUAGCAUGGGACCUGUGAAGAAAUUUGGAUUGGAAGAGUGGAAGGAAGCAUUGGAUGUGGCUGCUAAGAGGAUCGAGCCCGGAGAGGUUGUCAUUGUCCCAUAG